CUGGUUAACCAUCAAAAAGAUUAGCCACCAAGGGAAAGGUCAGUCUCUUCGAUUUCCGCCAGGUAGACACAGCAAAGUUGCAAGUAAGGAAAAAAAAAUGUAAAAAAAAUGUGGAGAAGAUACUUGAGUAGCAGUAGUAGUAGGAAUGGAGUACAAGGCGCAGUAGAGAAGAAAUGGGAUGCAGUAAUCGUAGGCGGAGGUCACAAUGGUCUUACUGCAGCUGCUUAUUUAGCUCGAUCAGGUCUUUCUGUUGCUGUACUCGAGCGACGUCACCUUAUUGGUGGUGCUGCUGUGACUGAAGAACUCAUUCCUGGUUUCAGAUUCUCGCGUUGUAGUUAUCUCCAAAGCCUGCUCCGGCCUUCUAUCAUCAGGGAAUUGGAGCUAGGAAGACAUGGAUUGACGAUGUUAAAGAGGAUUCCAUCAUCGUUUACGCCUUGUGCUGAUGGACGUUAUCUUCUUCUAGGACCUGAUUCUGAAUUAAAUCACUCUGAAAUCUCUAAGUUCUCCAAAAAAGAUGCCGACGCUUACCCAAGAUAUGAGAAUCAAUUGUUGAAAUUUUGUAAUUUCAUGGAUUUGCUUUUGGAUUCACCGACUCCUGAAUCUUUACAUGGUGAUCGUUCAUCUUUUACUGAACGAAUGAAAGAUAAGUUGCAAAAAUCAGCAUUUUGGUCUCGAUGUUUGGGAAAAGCUAUGUCCAUGGGACAAAAGGACAUGGUGGAUUUUAUGGAUCUUUUACUAUCUCCAUCAUCAAAGGUUUUGAAUAACUGGUUUGAGGGAGAUGUGCUGAAGGCAACACUUGCAACAGAUGCUGUAAUUGGGAGUAUGGCGAGUGUCCACACACCAGGUAGUGGGUAUGUUUUGCUUCAUCAUGUGAUGGGGGAAACUGAUGGACAUCGUGGUGUUUGGUCGUAUGUUGAAGGUGGGAUGGGUUCAGUAUCCUCAGCGAUAAGUAAUGCUGCUAAAGAAGCUGGUGCUCAUAUUAUAACAAAUGCAGAGGUAGCUCAAUUAAUGAUUAAUGAAGAUUCAGAAACUGUUAAUGGGGUACUGCUGAAGGAUGGAACUUUGGUGCAUUCUUCUACUGUUUUGUCGAAUGCAACUCCCCACCAUACAUUCACGGAGUUGGUGCCUCAAAAUGUGCUUCCAGAAGAUUUUCAACUUACAAUUAGGAACUUAGACUACAACUCUGGCACGACGAAAAUUAAUUUAGCUGUAGAUAGAUUACCACAAUUCAAAUGUUGCAACCCUUGUGGUAGUGAGGCAGGUCCUGAGCAUAUGGGCACUAUUCAUAUUGGUGCUGAAAGUAUGGAGGAGAUUGAUGCUGCUUGUAAAGAUGCUUUGAAUGGCUUAUCAUCACGAAGACCUGUUAUUGAGAUGACAAUUCCUUCUUCUCUGGACAAGACUAUUUCUCCACCUGGUAAGCAUGUGAUUAACCUAUUUGUGCAAUAUACACCCUACAGUCCCUCGGAAGGUAGUUGGGGAGAUUCCAAAUACAGAGAAUUGUUCGCAAAUAGAUGCUUUUCACUUAUCGAUGAAUAUGCGCCGGGAUUCAGCUCAUCGAUCAUUGGAUAUGACAUGUUGACACCGCCAGACCUGGAAAGGGAGUUCGGUCUUACAGGAGGGAAUAUCUUUCAUGGUGCAAUGGGAUUGGAUUCGCUCUUCCUAAUGCGACCUGUCAAAGGAUGGUCAGAUUAUAGGACACCAGUGCGAGGGCUUUAUUUGUGUGGAAGUGGAGCACACCCGGGUGGUGGUGUGAUGGGGGCAUCCUGUCGUAAUGCAGCUCAUGUGGUUCUUCAUGAUAUCAAAAGCAAUUCUUCAACUGCUUAAUGCUAUACUUGCAGCCAGCUUAUACUGAACUUGAUGUUGUAUCAUCGGAAAAGUGCUUGAGGUCGGUCACAAUGUUCAGCUUUCUCAGCCGAACCAAUCUUUGAGCUUCUAUCUAGUUGUUGGAAUAAAAGCAGCUACUUAUGUGCAACCUCCAAUGUGGACGAUGCUGGUCUAGAUGGCAUGUAGAACUUCCCUAGUACCUCGUCAGUAGACAUUUUUGCUUAGAAUUUCUGUAACUAAAACUUUAUUUUUAUAAAUCUCUAUUGACAAACACUAAUCAAAUAUGCUAGCUAUACUAUACAACUAGAAAAAGUAAUUAAUUGUUAAAAGUGAACAGUAUGAAAAGAGGUAAACCAGAGAUUCAUUUCUCUGUC